CUUUCAAUAAUUAUAACUGUACUUCAAAAUAAGAAGAUAAAUGUACCUUAUAAGAAGGAAUAUACUGUAAUAGAGUUGAUAAAGGAGAUUGUUAAACGUUCCAACUUACCCUCUGAUGAUGAAUAUAUACUCGAACACAAUGACAUCCAACUCAAUGUCUUGGAAGACACACUGAUCAACCUUGGAAUCAACGACAAUAAUCAACUAGUCCUCAAACCUGCCAACACCAUUACAUCAACCACAACUUCAACAUCCUCAACUUCUGGAGCUGAUCUUACCAACUUGGAAGUUGAAGAGUGUUUGAUCAAACAGAUUGACAUCAUUGUGUUGGAUCUGAGUGCUUCAAUGAAGGUCUCGGCGUUCAUGGGCUCGGCCAAACCGGGCGAGUUGGAGAUGACUAGGAUAGAGGUGGCACAAGCAUUGUUCCAGACAUUCACCGACAAGUUUGUCCAACAAGAGGUGCCUGCUUGUGUUGGACUAGUGUGCUUUGGUCAGCGAGUAGAGCUGACAUUCACACCAACUCGUAACUUUGAUACUUUCUCAAUGGAGCUAGGCGAAGUCGUCGCCAAUCAAUCACAGACAAGACUAUACGAUGCAAUCAGGUUGGCAGCAGAGUCGAUUGUUUCAUUCAUCGAAACACCAGAGGAGAAGCGUGGAGGUGUCAAGCUGGCACAAAGAGAUCAACUCAACUGCCGUGUGUUUGCUCUGACUGAUGGCCAGGACAACAGUGGCGUGGACCCCUACACUGUGUAUCAAUACCUCAAACAACAGAACAUUGUAUUGGAUGCUAUACCCAUUGGUGAGGGUGCUGACAAACUAGGCUCAUUCACCAAGGCCACUGGAGGCACGUGUUUCGUCGCCAACUCCUCAGUUGAGGGAGUCGCAUUAUUUGAACGAGAAGCACUACUCAAUCUUGCAGCACGCGACAACUUCAAACCUUUCUCAUUGAGCAUCAAUGAUCGCAAUGCAUUCGAAUCACUCUCUGCGACAAUGGUAACAUCAAUCGAGCGCAAGGUUGAUGUUGGUAGUGUGGCAGGCAAGUACUUGAGUCAGAUCAACAGCGCAACAGCUUUGGCCGUGGACAAUGCAGCAUCACCAUCGUCAACAUCCAAGCGCAUACUUAAGGAGUACAACUCAUUCAAACAAGAUAUGGAUACAGACAUCUUCAACAUCUUUGUCAAUGAGAAUGAUAUUAGUUCUUGGAAGAUAUUGAUGAAGGGACCUAUAGGCACUGCUUAUGAGAAGGGCUACUUCAUGGUGACAGUAGUGUUCCCAACUGGCUACCCAUUCAAGCCACCAAGAGUUAGAUUCGAGACCAAGGUAUAUCAUUGUAAUAUAAGUAGUGAUGGACUUAUAUGUUUGGAUGUACUCAAGGAUCAAUGGUCACCUGCACUCUCCGUCCACAAGUUAAUGUUGUCCAUAUCAUCACUGCUCUCCAAUCCAAACCCACAUGAUCCACUUGAUGUUGUCAAGGCUGGAGUGUACCGCGACAAUCCCAAUGAGUACUGGAAUCAAGCACGCGAAUGGACUACCCUAUAUGCCUUGGAUGGAUUGAAGGAUAAU